ACAGGCUUGGCAGAAUUCGAAUUGGAUCUAACCAAGAUGCCUCUGGGUAAACUGAGCAAGAAACAGCUGGAAAAAGCGUACGGGAUGUUAAGUCAGGCUCGGGAAAUGUUGGAUUCGAAAGAUGUAUCGAAGACUAAAUUCCUCGAUAUCUCGAAUCAGUUCUACACACUCAUUCCGCACGACUUCGGAAGAAAAACUCCACCUGUUCUUAGCGAUAACGAAAUCAUUAAGUCUAAACUGGAGAUGCUUGAGAGCUUGGUGGAAAUCGAGGUGGCCUUCAGCUUGCUGAAAGCCGGCGAUGCUGUCAAGGAUAAGGAUCCCAUCGAUGCCCACUAUGAGAAGCUUAACACUGAAAUUGAAGUUUUGGACAAGGUUUCCGAAGAAUUUAGUGUUAUUCAAACUUAUGCAAAAAAUACUCACGCAGCAACUCAUACUCAAUAUACUCUCGAAGUGGAAGAAGUAUUCAAGGUGGUUCGGAAAGGAGAAUCGAAAAGAUUCCGGCCGUUCUCUAAAUUACCCAAUCGCAAGCUCUUGUGGCACGGAUCUCGUGUUUUCAAUAAUAUGGCUGGUAUCCUAUCUCAAGGGUUGCGUAUUGCCCCACCUGAGGCUCCAAUCACUGGCUACAUGUUUGGCAAAGGUAUUUAUUUUGCUGACAUGGUUUCAAAGUCUGCCAACUAUUGCGUCACUUCAAAGAGCAAUCCUGUUGGUAUGUCGUUACUCUGUGACGUAGCGCUGGGCAAAAGCCAAAAGCGCAAGGAAGCCGAUUACAUUGAGAAACUGAAAAAAGAUUAUCAAAGUGUUCUCGGAGUUGGCAAGACUGAGCCUAAUCCCGAUGAAUUUAAGAGGUUGGGCGACGUCAAAGUUCCACUCGGCAAACCUGCUCCCACCAAAGUUAAGGGAUCGUCGUUACUCUACAAUGAGUACAUUGUCUUUGAUGUCGCACAGGUGAACAUCAAGUAUCUUAUCAAAACGAAAUUCCACUACAAAUGAAAAGACAUUUUUGAACUCCAAACGUUUUGUUAAUCACAGAACCAUUUCGCAUUUUAAGUUUUACCAAUGAUCGAACAACUUCCCUCCUGUUUUUCCCUAAUUACUUUGUUCUGUUCCUACCUUGAAGUUAAACAAGUUUCUUGACAGCAAA